UGACGUCAAAUCACGGAAGUGAAAUCACUUCGCAGCAGAAAAAUGGUACCUUCAAAGUGCGUUUUCGUAGUUUUGUUGUUAUUAAUUUGUAGGUUAUCAGUGUGUAAUGCUGCCGACGACGAAAAGACAGCACCAGUCAGCGAUGACUCUGCGGUAAAUGAGCCACACCGAGCCGUGGUGGGCGAGGACCGUCUUUGGGAAGAGACCGCGGUGGAAGAAGCAGCUUCAAUAGGCGAACAACUCCCGUCUGCCGUCGAAGCCUCAGCUGGCGUCCCGCCGCCCAUAGACGACUUCCAGGAGGAGCUGGUGCUCAGACCGCUGCACUCCGGUGAUAUUUACGCUAGCUUUCAGUUCCGCACCCUGUGGGAAACAGAUUUUACGACACGAAAUAGAGUUUCUCAUUACCGGCUGUUCCCCAAGUCACUUGGCCAGGUUAUCUCAAAGUUUUCCAUGCGAGAGCUGCACAUCUCCUUCACACAGGGCUACUGGAGGACCAUGCAGUGGGGUCAGCCAUUUCUGCCCUCCCCACCCGGGGCUGAGCUGUGGGUCUGGUUUCAGGACUCUGUGACAGAUGUGGACGGCACAUGGAAGGAGCUGACUAACGUUUUGUCAGGGAUCUUCUGCGCCUCACUGAACUUCAUAGACUCCACCAACACCGUGCAGCCCAGUGCCUCCUUCAAACCGUUGGGGGUCCAUAAUGUGACGGAUCACCGCUUUCUUCGCUACGCCACCCUGCCAGGAGAAAUUGUUUGCACUGAAAACUUGACCCCCUGGAAGAAACUGUUACCCUGCGCCUCCAAGGCUGGUCUCGCUGUCCUGUUGAAGUCAGAGAAACUUUUCCACAGCAGCUUCCACUCGGAGGCGGUCCACAUCAGACCGCUGUGUCAGGACGAGCAGUGUCAAACCACAUCCUGGGAGCUGAGACAGACGCUGAAUGUGGUUUUUGAUCUGCACACUUCUGGACAGAGCAAGCGAGAGUGGUCUCUGUUCAAGAUGUUUUCUCGCACGCUGACGGACGCCUGUCCGCUGGCUUCUUCCAGCAAAAUCUAUGUUGACAUCACCGAUAAUUCACAGGGGGAGCACUUCGAUCUGAGCCCUGCCUCUCCCCUACUGACCCAGGCAGUCGUUCUGGGGGACAGACGGACCUUCUCAGUCUACGAUCUGAAGGAACAAGCCACUUAUGGGUCCGUGCGCUCCCUCAACCUGCUGAUACGCUGGAAGUCUAGUGAGGAUGAAAUGCUGCAUCCUCGGCUGCAUGCUGAACGUUAUGUGGCCGGUUACGGGCUGCAGACAGGAGAGAUUCACACACUGAUGUACAACAAUCACCCGUACAGGUCAUUUCCUGUGCUGCUACUGGACUCGGUGCCCUGGUAUCUGCGUCUUUACGUCCACACCCUCACUGUCAUCAGCAAGGGAAAGGACAACAAGCCCAGUUACAUCCACUACCAGCCGUCCAAGGACCGUGUGAGGCCACACUUGCUGGAGAUGCUGGUCCAGCUUCCUCCUAACUCGGUGACCGAGGUUAGCAUCCAGUUUGAGAGGGCUCUGCUUAAGUGGACCGAAUACACUCCUGAUGCCAACCACGGUUUGUACGUCGGGUCUUCUGUCAUCAGUGCUCUUGUGCCAAGUAUUGUUGCCAUGGACACAAACAUCACUCAUGAAGGUCCCCUUUUCAGCUCGUUUUUUCCCUGCAGAGAGGAGACUAGCUUCUUCGUACGGAUCUACACAGAGCCUCUCCUGGUCAACUUGCCAACUCCAGACUUCAGUAUGCCUUACAAUGUCAUCUGCCUGACCUGCACCGUGAUUGCCGUGGGCUACGGCUCCUUGUACAACCUACUGACCCGUAGUUUCCAGAUAGAAGAGCCCAGCCCGGGAUUAGCUAAGCGGAUAGCAAACGUCAUUCGCAAGAUUAGAGGCGUCCCGCCACUAUGAGUGUGGACACGGGCACAAACUGGUGCCAACUUUUUGGUGUUUUUGGUGAAACCACGGGUGAGUAUGUGACUUUUCAGGGAAGAAAAGAGUCAAACACUGGUGUGAUUGGUUUUUUAAAACAUCACUUGGAAGAAUCAUUCUUAAAUGAAAUAAGAUGUUAAUACAAAUUUCAUCAGGAUCCUGACUGAAAAUGGAAAAACAGUGGACUUUGAGUUGGGCACGGCAUAAGAGUUUUAUUUGUCAAGUACGAACAACCAAAUGUGUAGUAUACUGUAGUUUUUGUUACUACGAGGAAAAUGUAGCUAAAGUCUGUUUCUGCAAAUAUGGGAUGAGCGUGACCUUGUGUAGGAGUAGUAUUAUGAUGCUUUUUUUUUUUUUUAAACCUCAUUUUGUGUUUUGGAGCCUGAGAGAAAAUUCUCUACAAAGAAAAAUCAAAAUGAACUUCUUUGUCAGAUUCACAGUUAGAUCGUCGGCCAAAAUUUUCCAAUCACCACUUCACAGAAUGGGAGCGGCUUGCCGUCUCACAUCCAGCCUUAAAAUUACAACAAGUCUUCCAAACAGCUGCAGGUGUGUCCCGUAUUUCAGCACAAUUAGUGUUCAGUUUUCAGUUAAUGAGACACUAAGAAAAGUUAUGUACAUCACAGUUUCUGAGGACCCUGAUGUACUUUAAAAUAAGCUUCUUUGACCCACAAACUAAAGCCAAAAGAUAAUUACCGUAUUUUCUGGAGUAUAAGUUGUAGAUCCUCUUAAACUAGUGUAAAUAAAAAAAAAAAAUUGCAUCUUAUACACCAGACAAUACAGUUUACAGUGUGCUCUCCCCAAACCCGUGACCCAAUCUUGGAAAAGUGGUUCAAUUUUGAAUUCAAGUGGUUGAAGAUGAGAUAAGUGAAUCUAUUUCCACAAGUAUUCCAAGUAUUUUAAUUUUAAUAAUUAUAAUAUUCAUUCAAGGCUGAGUCAAAACUGUAAGUAUUCAGUCACAGAAUGUUCCCAAACUCUUUAUUCUUAUUUCCAUCGUCACCCCUUUAUGUGGAGGGGUUUACCCCAAAAGUUGUGGUAUUCAUAUUUCUUCUGUCCCUUUACGUGGCUCUUAACCCCCCCCCAAAUGGCUUGUGACUAGGGGUGGGGGGGGUGUGGUGUGUGUGUGUGGGGGUGACCUUGUCAUGAGAAUGUACUGCAUUUUAUGGCUGAAUCACAUGAAGGACUGGGCUGUGCAUGGCAGCACCGUGUGCUGCUGCCAACUGACCAGUGCACCACCUUGUGGCCUGUUAAGUUCAACACCGUAAAUGGAGUUACUCAGUUUAUACAUUUAAGUUUAUUAAUCACUAAGUAAGUCCCUUCGGCUGCUCCCUUGUUUGCACUCGGGGUCGCCACAGCAAAUCCAAGGUGGAUCUGCAUGUUGAAUUGGCACAGGUUUUACGCCGGAUGCCCUUCCUGACGCAACUCCACAUUACAUGAAGAAAUGUGGCAGGGGUGGGAUUUGAACCCGGAGCCUUCUGAACUGAAACCAAGCGCAUUAACCACUUGGCCACCACCCCUGCGCUAAGGAGCAUUCAUAAUUAUUUAAUUAAGUAAAAUAAAUAUGGUUGAGUAGUGAUUAAUAAUUAUGAAUGCUCCAGCUAUUUGAGGUCAUUUGUCUUGGUUAGUUUGACCUUAUCAGUUUGGGACGGCACAGUGGCGCAUUAGUUUGUACUUUUGCUUCCCAGCUAAAGGUUCAAAGCCCAUCUCUGCCAAAAUCUUCUUAACCAUCUGGAGUUGCUUCAUGAAGGGCGUCUAAUGUAAAUCCUGUGCUAAAUCAACAUGUGGCUCAGUACCGGUGCUGCAGACCGAACGGUCCCUCUAAACAUUGGUCCCCCCUGAUGUAGCGGUUCACGGAUUAUCAGAUCAUUUUUGCUUCAAACUGCACUCCAGUCACCAUCUGUUUCAGUGACAGUUAUCUGAAGCUUUUGUACAACAAUAAUUUCCACAUAAAUUCAGCAUUAUUUCAUCAUAAAAGGCGGCAGAAGCGAUCAGAGCGCCACUACUAAACGAGCUGCUAGCUGAUGCGUUCACAGCGCGUCGGUUGAGUUUGGAAUUAAAACAGCCUUGUUUCUGCUUAAAACUGACUUUAGAAUGAUUUAAGAGGUUUUACCUUUAUUGUCUGAUGGUUAAUAAUCCCAUUAAUCCAUUUGAUUGUUUUGGGUAAAGAGACUCCGUCUCAGACAUGCUGCUGUGGUCUGAAAUGACACAUGCACACAUGCAAAAGGCGGACGGAUUUUUAGGGGUGGACUGUUCGGUCUGUGACACCGGCUCCACUUUGGCCAUUCCAAACGGGAGAAGCCAAACAAAAUUAAUUUCUAUUUGAGAUAAUCAGUUUCCUCAAAUUGUUUGAAUUGGACUAAUAACUUCAUAAAAACUUCAUAAAAAUUAUUU